AUGACAUUCUCCGUGCUUUACAAGCUCACAAAGAAAACGAACCUUAGGGAGGUUUCUCCCACCACAAUUUGGCGACCCAGAUGGGACUCGUCUAGCUUGGCGCCUUUGGAGACCUCCAUCCCCCGACACCCCAGCGCGCACCAGAGCUUACAAACGUGUGACUUAGAACCUGAUGUCCACCUUUGUGAAAAUAAAUACUGCCCCUCAGGAGAUGUCAUUGGCACAGGAGGUGCUCUGUCAAACAAGUUGCACAAGGACUCUUACAAAAGUCCAGUGGAACUACUGGCAGAUCUUAGAUUGUCAAAGAAUACAAGUAGAAGAACACAGCUAAAUCAAAAUAAUAACAAGGAAGGGACAUUUAAUUCCUGGGGAUAUACACAUAAUCAAGUCAAUGCUACUAUGAACAGAGACAUCAGUAAACCUCAAGUGAAAACUGUCUCCGGCUCGAAAGAUAUUUCUUUAAAUUUCUUUACUCUUAAUUGUACAUUGUUGGGGGCUCAUAUGAACAAAUAUCAAACUGCGUCUUAUCCAGGAGUGGAGCAGGCAGCAUUAGGAGUCUCCUGGACACAUGGAGAUGGGGAUUUUUGCAAGGCCAGAAAUGAAGCCAUUGCCUCUAGCUCUUACUCUGCUGCAGAAAGUAACAAUACACAAUUUGUGUCUAGGCAGAAUUUGAUGUUAGGAAAAAGUAGUUCAAAGAACAAGCUUUUGACAGAGGAAAGUAAUGAAUCUGAAAGUGAAAAAGCAGAUGAUGUUUUGCCUACUUGUGUUAAAAACACGACUCUGAACUUAAGACCAAAAACUGCAGAAAACACUAAAGAAGCUUCCUACAAGCGCCAAAAUGAAGAAUUCUCAUACCCUGAUUUUCUUCCAUCACCUUUCAAUAAAUUGGAUUUACAAAAGUUAGCCUUAUCCAAAUGGGAUAACUGGAAGGUUCUCUUUGCUCCACCUCCAGAAGACUCUAUGGUGAAACUAAUAUCUCGUCUCUUGGAAAUGGAAAAAAUGCAGCAUCUAACUGUAUUAAAAGAGAGAAUAAAAGACCUGACUGUCUCUUCCCCCAUUCCAGUUGGCAGUCGACCCAGUUCCUUAAAACCCAUGCUUCAGUUGAAGCAGUCAAGGCCAUCCGAAUCUGCGUGUCCUCAGACAGUUUGUAAUGGAGAUUAUCAAGAAAAAAGUAGAUCCAGCCCUGCUUUCUGCACACUUGAAUGGACCAGCUCAAAAAGCAUAAAGCAGCAUAGAGCAUCUGUUGAUACCUUUAAAUGCUCUAAAGUGUCUACAAUUUUGAACUCAAAUCACAUGCUCUCACGGAGGUCUUCCUCAUGUUGUGCACCAAAAACUCAAUCAGCUGUUCAGAUUACCUCAAAGUUACUGCCUCCAAGUACAGCUAUAGCCUGCUCAUUUCCUGAAAAAGACAGUUCAAAAUAUAAAAAGCCAAAGAACAAAAUAAUCCUUUACAAAAAAAAAUAUGUGGGAACGGGUAAACUUUUCCAUUGUCAAAACCUCAAAGCUCUAUGUACUUUGCCAGACCAGAAGUGUAGUCAAAGCGACAAAUGGUAAUCUUUUGAAUUUACACUUACCAUGAGCAACUCUUGCAUUGAUCAUAGUGAAGGCAUCAAGUAUGUUUAAAGGUAUGAGAUGAAGGUGAUCUGAAAUAGCACUUGAAAAUUUACGCCAAGUGCACUGUACGAAAAACAGUUAUUCAUUCCCCUCCCUCCCACUUGCUGGCAUCCAUGAUACCCUUUGUGUGACUUUAAAAAAAAAAAAUAGUGUUACACAAGCCAUUCCCUCAGUUGCACCUUUAGCUUGAAAGGGCUCUUGGUACUCAAGCAAUAGGAGCUCGUUAAAAUUGCCAGCUGGCAGGCAGCCCCCUACCAGAGACCAUUGGAGUAGCCCCUGCAGCUGCUGCAGAAGUCUUCAGUUUCAGUCAGCUGUUGCCACAGUUGCAACAUCUGAUCAGGAAAGCAGGUCACUGAGUCUUGGGGGGGUGGGGGAGCUAAGGAGCAACUAACUACUGAUUCCCCCCCGUUCUUCACUUCCAUCAGCUGGGGAGGGUGCCUUUCUGGUAUCUUUGCUACAUUCCUGCCAAGGGGCUGUGUACAUGUGCCCACCCAUAACAUACUACAAAAAUAAAACCUGCCAGAACCCUUGAAGAACACUAAGUGCAAUGUAAAGGGAGGAGUGGUAUUUCAACAGAGAAGACAGGCUGUACUGCAGGCCAGCUGUCUGAGUCUCCUUGGUGGGCUUGUACAACCCGUGCUGCUGUCCUUCAAGCACAAUUGUUACCUCAAAUACGUUUCCCCAGGCUGCUGUCAUGUCUCCUGAUUGCAGCAUAGAUGUAUGCAGAAAUGCAGUCACAUGUAGAAUCUCUAUACCUAGCUGUGCAAGUACCUAUGCAAUGGGUACACUGAUUGGUGUUGUGUGUCAGCUUGAUACACCUAGCAGUCAGAAGAUUUAGAUUUAUGAUUCUUAUUGUGACCAUAGUUUAUCCUCAGAUUGUGCAUAUACAUAAAUAUGCACAAGGAGGGAGACUACAACUUGACAAUAUUGUUUUAUGUUAGCAUAAACACCACUGUACUACUGAGAUAAAUACCAUCAAGCCACUGUGUGCUCUUCAAGCAGCUGGCUGUACCUUUAAUGAGUGCUGUGAAACAAAGUAGAAAUUCUGCAGAACAUCCAUUUAAAUUCUUAGUAUUGUUUUACAUAAAUAUAAAAAAUAUAUAGUAGUUUCUAAUUACCUAUAAUAACAUUAAAUUCCUUUUUUACACUGUUCUCAUGUUUUUAAUACGUCACUAUAUUUUUUCAUCAACAAAUAAUUGUACUUUAUCAGAGGUGUGAAGGGAAGGUCUGGCCCUGUAAGCAAGCUAUGCCAUUAGCUAGACAUCUUUGCUAAAACAAAUCUGCCAUGAAAUGACUAAAGGCUGACAUUUAAAUCACGUUUAAGAUUUUACGAUCCGCAGUCCUUGACAUCUCUCAGAAUUAACUCAGCAAAAAAGCACUAUAUCAGUUCACUCUUCUUCAUAUAUUCAAGGACAAUUUUCCCCACGAAGAGGGCUAAAACAGUUGUUUAAAAGGUGUUUUAAAGUUUUAGGAUGAAUUGUGGUUUUUAAAAAUGUGAAAUCGUAAUGCAACACAAUUGUACAUCAAAGGCUGGGUUUUUCACUUGGGGAAUACAGUAUGAAACAAUCUAUAAUACAGUGGACUUGUAGAAGCACUUCCUAUCUCAGGAUCUCAAAGCAAAGCAAUUUACACACAACGCUUUUUCACAGUACCCUAGGGAUUUAGGUAAACAACAUCACAGGAGGAAGAGAACAGGAAUGAAUCAGGCCUCCUGAGGUUAAGAAAUACUGGUAUCUACACUGAAAGAUUUUUGCUCCAAAGACUAUGAAUCAAUUAGCUGUUUUUCUUAAUGCACAGCUACUGCUAAACCUUGUGCUAAAUUACCACAGGUCUCUCCUAUGACUCACUCCAGUUUGUAGUUUGGGCAUGGUAUUUUGAGACCCUUAUUCAUGAACUAGACUUGACUUUCAUCCCUUAGCAAAACAUCCAUCAUCACUACUGUCAAACUGGUUUAGCCAGGCAACCUUUCACUGUCCUUGGCAUUUACUUACAUUACACUAAGGCUGAGAUGCAUUUUUCCUUCACACUGGGCAUGUCUUCACAUGCAAAUGCUGCUGGAUGGUUUUACUCUAGAGUAAUUUACUCUGGAGUAUACCCACCCUGGGCAGGAGUCUACACGUGCACUCAUUUGAGAGCAGACUGUCCAAAACGGGCCAGUCCCUAGCCACC